AAAAUGGAAAUCUUAAAACUGGCCCAGUCAAAGAGGAACAUUAUGAGUUUGAACAUGGACCUUGAAAAGGAUAUGCAGAAGAUAGAUGAAGCAAAUCAGGAACUUCUUCUCAAAAUCCAAGAAAAAGAAAAUGAAAUCCAGAGGCUGGAGAGGGAGACAACCCAGACUGGAGACCCUGCAGAAGAUGAGGAGUGGGAGAAGGAAAACUGUGUGGCAGUGGAAAGGGAAAAUGCCCUGCAGGAACUGGAGGAAGAAUCAGCCAGACUUGAAAGGAAGAAUGAGACUCUGCUCCACAGUAUAUCAGAACUUCAGAGAAAGAUUUCAAGGAAAUCACAAAAGAUAGCCAAGAGUGAACAAGGUGACCUGGACAUAACCCCGGAAGAGUCGAUGGUGAAGUUACAGCAGCUGGAAGCUUCCUGUGCAAGCCAGGAACAGGAGCUGGUCAAGGUAACGGAAGAUUACAUAUUUGUGUCCCAGCUCUGUGAAGAUCAGGCCCUCUGCAUCAAGAAGUACCAGGAAGCUCUGAAGAGAAUAGAAGAAGAACUAGAGACUGGAGUCCUAGAGAAAGAAGUAUCAAAAGUCUUAACAAUGGACUCUGUGAGAGAAAAAUGUAACAGACAAAAUAAAGAGUAUAAUUCUGUCCUCAGAAAGGCAACGUGGUUCAGUAAAAGGAUUUUUCGCUCUCUCUUUUUCACUACCCUGUUUUUCAUCAGACUGCUGGGAUACCUGAUUUUCCAUUUAAGCUUUAUAAAUCCUGACCUCCUUGUCAACACGCUGCCCAAGAUACUGAGCAGGGACAUCUUGUGGAAGCUCCACUGCUUCCUGUUUCCAUCUCUAACACUGCAGACAGAAGACAUGUUACCUCACUGA